AGAAAAAGGAAACAUAUCAAGAACAGUGGAGGAAUCAGCCUCUGCGGCUCCGCUUCAAACGCUGGUCAAUUUUCCUUCGGCAGCUCCGUCGCGCCGCUAACCCCAACACAAUCAGCUGUUUGGAAGCUCAGACAACAUGGCGGAAAGCACCGGAAAAUCGCAGAGAAAAAUCCGAGCACGAUGAAGACGACGGAGUUCAUGGACAAGCAGAUCAUGGACCUCUCUCGAUCCCACUCCGACGAUUUCUAUCAGCUUUCGUACCCUCAACAAUUCGAUGACGACGACAAGGACGACGAAGAUUUCGUUUCCAGCUUUGAGUUCCGCCCCGGACGACGGGUCGUCUCGCAGGAGCCGCGUAUUUCCGCUCUCGAGCGUGGCAGUUCUGUGGACUUCCUCAACCUUGCAAAAUCCGGAAGCAAGCAUGUUGACAGGGCUUCCGAGGAUUCAGCAUUGAUUUCGGUGAUAGAACGAAAGAUGGACGAGCAUUUUGGCAAUCUGUUGCACGGGGUGGAGGGUCUCAGUGCGCGAAUUUCUCAGCUGGAGACUCGAUUACGCCGGCUGGAGAAUUCUGUUGGCGACUUGAAGGAUUCUACUGAAAUCAACCAUGGGAAGGCUGAUGGGAAACUGAGGCAACUAGAGAAUAUGCUAAGAGAGGUUGACGGUGGUAUGCAGGAUUUGAGAGAUAAACAAGAGAUAACAGAGGCUCAGUUGGAGCUUGCAAAGCUUCAAAUGUUAAAGGGUUACCAGCAAUCGGAAAACCAAACGAACAAUGUACAAACAGUUUCAGCUCCAGGAGUACUGUCCUCGACGCCUCAGCAAAGCUACCAACCGCAUUUAGUUCAGGGUCCUACCCAACAAGUUCCUUCGCUUCCUACUGAUGAUCCCCAAACUCUAUCCCAUCAGAAUUUUCCACCAGCACAGGUCCCCACCCAGUCACCUGUGCAAAAUCCACAACCCACACCUCAGAUGUACUACAGCUUUCAAGUACAGCAGUCUCAACCGCCGCCCACUGCACCGUAUCAUCUUUCUCCUCCAGCACCACAUCCUUCACUAACCUCACAAUUACAGCAGCUGCCUCAACAGCACGCUCCUUUCAAUGCUGUUGACCCACAAGCCCAGUUUUCUUUGGUUCAUAAUCCCGGAGAAACCUCCACGCCAUCUCAAAGAUAUCCUCCAAGCUUCCACAAGACCUCUAAUGCACCUGGCAUGGCUCUCCCAACCCAACAACAGCAAUAUGCGGGUUCCAUUCAGUAUACGCAUGAUCAAACCGCAAGCAAUCAGUACCCGGAGUUUUCCCCUGGCCAUAUGCAGCCAGUUCAACAUUCAUAUUUUGAUGAUUUUCGUUCCCACGGUGGAUCUCCGUCUGACAACAGCGGUCCAAACAUGAAACACUCACUAGUCUUGCCAGCCUCAUUAGACCGUUCUGGUGGAAGCAGCUCUUCGAAACUGCCAACUGCCAAGGUUUUGCCACAUGCAAUACCCAUGGCUGCUAGUGUGGAUAAGGAAUCGAGUUCCAGUGGGACUGGAAACAGAGUACCAAUUGAUAAUGUCAUUGAUAAGGUUGUAGCGAUGGGAUUCCGAAGGGACAUGGUCAGAGCAACAGUGAAGAAAAUGACUGAGAAUGGGCAGUCGGUGGACGUCAAUCUUGUGCUGGACAAGCUGAUGAACAAUGGAGAACAGCCUCAAAGUGGUGGAUUUGGCCGGUAAUACGUGGUUGCCGUUUAUACUUUGCUUCAUGAUUUAUGAGUGUGAUAUUCAACAGUAUGCUUUUAUUUCAAUUCUUUUUUCUUCUUAAUCUGCUGUUUUUCUAUGUGCUAUGUCUAAUUACCUCCAUUUUUCUUUUUUCUCUCCUUUUUUCGUAAUGUAAAUACUAAAUAGCGAGUAAAUAUGAAAUGGUUGGUGACAUUGAAAUUUGUUGUGUUGUAUUUGUGAAUGUAACUUUCACCAAACGUUUGCUUGGAUGUUUUGUAAUGGAUUUUUCACGAGGAAAUCGUUCAAACUUGGAUUGAUUUCGGUCGAUUGAGUUGAA